AUGAGCUGCCGUGUAACCAUUUUGCUGAUGAUUUCUUGGAAUCUCGGUAAUUGCAAUCUAGCGUUGUAUUUAAACGUCAUAACACUAAGCGAGAUUUUUCUAGGUCAUGCUUUUCUGCACAAAUGGGCCGUACUGGAAAACCAAUGUGCAGCCUCAUCCGGUGAAGGACAUGGUGGCUUCUUACAAAUGGAUAUAUCUAUAGUAUCGAGAUACCAACGAUCAAUUCCAAUUGAAUUCCCAACGGUGGAUUCUGAUAUAAUCGAGAACAAUCUUCUUGCCCCACUAACGGAUCAUCAAAGCUUGCAACGUGUUCAGUAUUCCAUUAACAUAUUUAGAGGUGAUUUUACGAUGAAAGCCGACUACGAAAUACAAGUUUCCUUUGGAGGAAUUAUGGAUAUACUAACGUCAACUAUUGGCCAUCUCAAAUCAACAUGCGAGAAAGCAUCCACUCCCGACGAACUACGAACUAUUCGCGGUGGAUUUGUGAGUCUGUUAGAAAAUCUAAAAGAAUUAACUCAUGAUGCACAGAAUACAUUCCCCGAGUGUCUACUGUUCAUAGGACCUUCGAAAGGACGCGGAAGCUACAACCAGAAGACAGCGAAAGGAUGCAUUCGUAGUUGUAACAAAACCAAUUUCGACGCUCUCUGCCGGUUGAAUACCAUCGAUUAUAUGCAUAAUUCAGUUACGAUGAGUAACGCUGAUGCUAACGAGACCACUGGCAUGGUGUGGGCCAAACGAUGUUCGAUAUUAGUGCGAUCUUCUUCUUGCCAUCAUUCUUGCGAUCCGGAAUGGUGUGGAUGCAUCUACGCUAAACUGGAUGCUGCAAUCUGUGUUGGAUCGGAGCGGGAUGUUGCCGAAUGGGACAAACAGAGAAAGUUUUCAUUAAUUCACAGUGACAAUAAUAAUGAAGAACUUCAAUGCCGGCAAUCAGCUUUACCAAUAAAAUGCCAAAUCAAUGUGCAUCAAGGAAAGAUUCAGGCUGGUUGCAAUGCUAGUGGAUUGUGUGAACCCAAACUGGUUGUGUUGUUUGAAAACUAUGAGAUGACCACAUCGACGAUUCCGCAGACGCUGGCUCCAUUAUGGAAUGAGAUAAUUGAAUUUCGAAACAUCAGAAUCACAGAGCACUGUAGCGAUUCGCAACCCCAUCCGUUCAAGGUUAUUUUUGUUUUAUUGGACAAGAACAAGCAAAAAUGUUCCCAGAAAUCGAAUGAAAUCAUUGGUAUUGGAUGGGCCGAUUGUACUCUUCGAGGGGACAGCAGCUCAACAUCGGACAACACCGGUGCCAAUAAAAAUAUCCAUUUUCAUCCUGUGACUACACCACUUUCGACAAAAGAUCAAUCGGUUUUGGAUGACACCAUUCAUAGCGUGAAAGUAACAGCCACGGGUAAAGAAAUACUGGUGGAAUCGCCUGGCCAACGCCCUUUAGAAGCACUCAAUAAAUUUCAACGGAAAAAAUGCAGGAAAAAUUCUGCUGCUGACCUGUGGGAGGGGUUCAAUGACCGAAGAGACUAUGUUUUACGGUGGAUCGGAGUCUUUCGAGAGGGACAACGUACGGCUAAUGUACUAAUGUCCAUUCAGUUGACGCAGAUGAUGCAAUGUGAUGAAAAGAUAGUUUCGGCGAAAUUAAUUCAAGGAAUUCCCAAAAAAUUAUUCCCGGAAAUGAACCAGUUCAAUGUUGAAGUACUAUUUGGAGGUUUGAGAGGUUUCAGUAGCAGCAAAACUAUGCCGGGUAAUUUUCAAAUCCAAAUUGUGAUAGGAGAACUCAUUCUCGUCAGUGGACUAUCAAGUAGAAGCUUCGGAAAAUCAAUUAAUUUUUUAGACUCCUACGCAAAAGGAUCGUUGAUGCUUCCUUCCAAACUUGAAUACUGGCCACCAAUGAUUGUACGGCUAAUCGAUUGUUCUAAAUCGAAAGUCGACCGAGUAUUAUGUUCAAACAUAAUCGAAACGUCGAAUUCAUUCCUAUUGAAGGAGAAUUGGCAAUCGAUACAACAUUAUUUGAUUGGCAGCACCGGUGUUCACUACGAUAUUGGCACAACAUAUCUUGAUACGUUUCCGGAAGAAUACCCUCUAAUUGAGAAAAACCAACGAAAAUCUAACUUGACGAAUACAAUCAAACCAACAUUACGUACAAUCAAGGGAAUCGUUCAAAAUAAACUUAAAUUUGCGGCAGAAAAUAUGAAAAGUUCAAUGAAUACUGCAUUUCGACGCGAUUCCCAUGAAACAGAAUAUACCUGGUGGACGAAAUUUUACAACAGUUGCAGUUCCCAUCCAGCCGAUUACAAAGCAAAAUUGAAGAUUUAUCCUUGCGAACUAGAGAAGAUUCCUGCAUUUGAGCAGUUCCAAGAUUGGAGUAUGUCAAUGAAGCUUUUCAAGAAAACCUCCCAAAAUCCUUUGAAAAUAAACGAACCUUAUUGUAACCUGAAGUGCAAAGUAUGGAUAACACCAUCGAAUGGUGAUUCGAAACAAGUUCUGCAAAAUCCUCUAUCUAAUAUUCACUUACGUUCAAUGCCCGCUGUAGUGACGGAGACGCAAGUGAUGGUGAUAGCUUAUAUUGUUCAAGGAGUAAACCUACGGUCUCGUGACAUUUUCAGUCUUUCGGAUGCCUACAUAAAACUGGAAUAUGGUAAAGAGAAAGCUAUUGACCGACCAAACUAUGUUAAGAACCAGUCGAACCCAGUUUUUGGGAGAAGGUUUAUGUUAACUGGCCGAUUACCCAGAGAUCAAUUUUUGAAAAUAUCUAUCAUGGAUCGAGAUACAUGCUCUGCAGAUGACUUGAUUGGAUCCACCGUAAUUGACAUAGAAGAUCGUUUCCGAAGUCGCCACUUCAUGUCGCUAGGCAUACCACAGGAAUUCAAUUCCACGGGAUACAACUCGUGGAGACAUCCCUUGACACCCAGCUUGCUACUGGAACACAUUUGCAGCCGGAAUGGAAUGAUGGGUCCGCAAUAUGUAGGAAAUAUCGUUCAACUGGCAGGUGUAACCUUUCAUGACGAAAGCACAUCGGCAACCACCGAAGACCUUCGCGAACGUCUAGCUUUGGCAGUAUUGAACAACUUCAAUCGGAUACCUAUUUUAGGCUGCCACAUUGUUCCAGAACACGUGGAGACCAGAUCUCUGUUCCACUCAGAUCAGCCGGGAAUUGAACAAGGCAAACUACAAAUGUGGCUAGAAAUUUGUCCCGCUGGAAACCUCCCAACGUUGGUUGAUAUUACUCCUAACCCACCGAAACCCUACGAACUCCGGGUUAUUGUUUGGAACACACUUGAUGUGAUUCUAGAUGAAAAGAACAUGUUCGGGACAAAAAUGAGUGAUAUUUAUGUGAAAUGCUGGUUGCAGGAUGUAACAGAAUCUCAGCUCACAGACAUCCAUUAUCGGUCGUUGGAUGGAGAAGGAAACUUCAACUGGCGAAUGGUGUUUUCACUCAAUUAUUCCAGUGCUGAAACCAUGAUGGUAGUAACGCGUAAGAAAAGUUUCUACGAGCAACUCGAUACCGAAGAAAAAGUUCCCCCGGUGCUCACGGUUCAGCUGUGGGAUAACGAUCUCUUUUCGCGUGAUGAUUUCCUAGGGACAUUGAGUCUAAAUCUGGCACAUUUACCUCGUCCAGUAUCCAACCCACGAAAAUGUAUCAUCGUACCGGCUGUCACCGCAAAGCAGCAAUACAUCAACCUCUUUAGGGUGGAUACUGUUCGAGGGUGGUUUCCGAUUGUUGGCAAAGCGGACAACAAAAUUAUACAAACGGGCAAAAUCGAACUAGAAUUGAAAAUACUAACCGAAGAGGAAGCUCUUUCAAGCCCAGCAGGAAAAGGAAGGAAACCACCACAACCUUUACCAAUGCCUGACCGACCGGACGCGUCGUUCAAUUGGUAUCGCAACCCACUCAAAUCAUUUCGGCUGAUCCUGUGGCCACAAGCUCGUAAAGCGCUUAUCAUCGGCUCAAUACUGGCGCUUAUAGCACUCAUUUGCUACGUCGUUAUAUCUGCUUUGCCCGCCGCCAUCGUCACUAAAGCAUUUUCCAGAAAGGCUUCACUGGAUCGAACAAUCCUAACGGGAGCAGAUGGAGAGUAAGAGGAGUAAAUGUGCAUCGAGUAAUUAUCCACUGUUAUGUACUAUAGCAUGUAUUUACAAGCGUCAA